AUGAAGGCGGCGGAGGCGAGGACAGCGGCAAACGAGACACUGGCUGCCGAGAAGUUAGCUGCCGAGAGGGAGCGAGUAGCAGAAGGGAAGAAUAAUGCUGACGUAUAUAAUGCGAAUCUAAUGAGAUUGGAGGCCGAGGAGAAGGAGCGUGAACGUCGAGGGGGAGAAAACUUAGUGCGUGAGCGAGAACAAGCUGUCGAUCAACAGUCAACUUCGCCAGGUUCAGAGUCUAUCCCCAAGGCGUCUGCAGCACAACAGCAUCCCGAUACGCUAUCUUCCGGUAGCAAGCGUAAAGUCAGCGGACGGCAAGAGAUAGACAAGCUAGGCGCAGCCCGCCAACACGGGCGACCACCCUUGUCCCAGGCGAGUGGCAGUCCACAACGACCCAAGAAACGUCCAGCAAAAGGCACCUUGCCUGCAACCACCGAGGCUCUAGGAGCCGACGACGAUACCGAGAUGUUCGAUGCUCCAGUGACCGAGACCGAGCAACCACUCACCACUGCUAAUAGAGCUGCUGCUCUAGAGCCGGUAACUCACACGACUGUCAAACUCGCCCACAACGCAGCCAAUGACGCUCACUGGGGUCCUUUUCUCCUUCUGCGGCUCCUCGACAGAUACAUCACCCGGCCUGCAAACCCUCGCGAGAGGCGCUCACCACACCACUUCAACAACGCACCUCCGCCUACCCCAGCGGCCAUCAUGCCUGUACUCCUCCGACUGGUGUAUAUAUUAACAUGGCUCGCGCAAACAGAAGACCUUCACCAUGAAACUAGUAGUGAUGAGGAUGUCAAGAUGACUCCUCCGACUGAGGACAUACCAAUGUCGUCUGCACACGACAUGACCAAGCACGCUAAGCGCCUUGACCUACCUCUCGAUGUCGAGUGGGCGACCGUGCAGCUUGUGUUAUUUGGUUGUGACAAGUGUGCACACUCAGCUAUCAGAUGCGGUGUCGUACAAGGCUGA